AGGAAUGUUGCGAAAGCAAAUACAUUCUACUCUUUGCCUUUAAUCUUGCAUGUUAAAAAACAUUUUUACACAGAAAAACGUGAUUUAAUCAUCUCUGAAACGGGGAUCGAGCUACAAUACUUUUGAUGAAAGUAAUCAAGUAUAAGAAGAAAUCAUAAUUUGCAGUUACGUGUAACAUGGUGGCGUAGUUCAAGUAGUUAAAAGUCAAUCCGGUUGGGAUCUUCUUUACGAGAAUAACGUUAAUGAAAACGUACUGGUUUCCUUUACUGAUGAUAAGACUGGCUGUUAUAUUUUUCUGCUAAAACACUUGGAAUGCAUGUUCGUAUUCUAAUAUUUUGUUGUAAUUCAUGAUACGCACAUGUAUGAUAAAAAUACAUGGAGUGUGAAGAUUCACAGGGUUGUCAAGAUGAUAGAAAAAAAUCCAUAUCAGAAAAACGGAGAGCGAGUUAUUCAGCAUUUAAUGCUCUUCAACUGAGAAAAGAGUCACAAGUGAUGACAUUCCCAACAAAAGAAAUGGUGUACUAUGCCAGUCGCAAGUUACCUUUGGUCUUGCAACCUAAAGACUUUGAUCUGGGAAGAAUUGACAAAAUAUUUGCCUCUCAAUGGCUUGACGAGAGGAAUGUUGUUUUUGGUACCAAGUGCAACAAUUUAAAAAUUUUGAACACUUUUUCUGGAGAAUACAUUACCAUACCAAUGAUACAAGGUCAGACACCAUCUUCAGAUAUGACUCAAAACAGUUGUGGCAUCCAUAGCAUAGAGAUAAAUCCAUCAGGGACCUUGUUGGCAACAGGCGGUCAAUGUACCCAUGACCUAGCUAUUUAUAAAUUGCCAGAGUUUGAUCCUUUAUGUUUGGGUGAGAUGCAUACCGACUGGAUUUUUGGUAUAGUGUGGUUGAAUGAUAAGAUAGUUGCCACUGGCUCUCGAGAUGGUUGUCUAGGGAUUUGGGAUGUGAGUCAUGCUGUAAACCUUGAAAAAUCAUGCAAUAAUGAUAUAGAACGGGAAAGGCCAAUUGCUUGGCUAAAUAGAAAAAAAUUAGAUAAGCGGUACAGAGCAGUUCAAUAUAAUCCCCAACUAAAUGAGCUGGCCAGUUUAUCAACUGAAGCUGUUCUUCAUAUAUGGGAUCCAUUUAAAUUAAAGACAAUCCGCUCUGUGAAAUUGCCAUAUCAGCUAGAAAAUGUCUGUUUAUCACUUGAACCCCAGCAUUGCCUAUAUGCAGUUGGUUCACAAUCACAUGUUACCAUGCUGGAUGGAAGAAGUCCUUCCAAUCAUCUGUUUUCAGUUGAGUCCAUUGAUAAGGAUGCCGGAAUUCGCUCUCUAUCUUUCCACAAUGAAUUAGUAACAAUUGGUACAGGGUUUGGAUCAUGCUCAUUUCUUGACCUCAAAACUAAACGAUUUAUACAAACUCAAGAAAAGAAUGUUUGCCAACUUAAAGCUAAAGAAGGAUUUCGGCGUCAUGACGAAGUUUACCACACCUUGUUUGGUGAGAUGUGUCUUCCAACAUCAAUUUACACGCAUUGUUAUGAUCAAUCUGGUAGUAAACUGUUUACUGGAGGUGGACCUUUAGCUGUAGGUCUCUAUGGGAACUAUGCUGCCUUGUGGCAAUAGUUGCUCCAAGUGUCUUAUGAGUCUUAAUAUGAAGUCAUUGAAAUAUAUUUAGUUAAAUUUAGCUGAACCAAAUCAUGUAUGAAAAAUUCAGAAUUGAUCAGUCGUGAUAGCACUGUUAUUUUUCUGGAAAAUUAGACUAUUUAAUAUAACAAUUAAAAAACACAACUAGUAUUCAA